AUGAAGCUUCUGUCAGUUACCCUCGCUCUUCUUGUGGCUUCGGCCAGUGCUUUCGCUCCUGCUCCUGUGGGACGCACCGCCGUUACAACCAGCAACAUGGCUGCAUCUGAAGAGCUAUACAUUGAUGACGAACGUCGAUUUUUGAUGAACUUGAUUGUCGUUGGAUCCACCGCCGUCACUGUUGGCGCUUUCGGAAUCCCAUACGUCGCUUUCUUCUUCCCCCCAGGUGCUGGUGGUGGUGGAGGCGGUGUUAACGCCAAGGAUGCUCUUGGUAACGAUCUCGCGGCCAAGGAAUACCUGGCAUCCAAGCCAGCUGGCGAUCGCUCUCUUGCUCAGGGAUUGAAGGGAGAUGCUACUUAUCUGAUUGUAAAGGACGAUAAGACACUUGAGAGCUACGGACUCAACGCCGUGUGCACUCACUUGGGAUGUGUCGUUCCAUGGUCUGCCGCCGCCAACAAGUUCCAGUGCCCAUGCCACGGAUCUCAAUACGCACCCACCGGUGCCGUUGUUCGUGGACCUGCUCCCCUUCCUCUUGCUCUUGCCCACUGUGAUGUUGACGAUUCAGGCAUGAUCAUCUUCUCCACCUGGACUGAGGAUGACUUCCGUACCGGAGGAAAGGGAUGGUGGAACUAA